AUGAUUUCGCUCUUUUUUUACCACAUUUUAUCAGAAAAUUGCUAUGAUUUUUCCAGCCCCAUCCUAGAUCAGCUCAUAUUUUCCGACGAAAGCAUUUAUUCAUGCUAUAUUAUACAUGAUUGUACUGCAAUCAACUUAAAGUUACAAAAAGAUGGUGGCCGCAUCAGAAUUUCAAAAUCAAACAAUAAAUUACAACUAAAUAACGUAUUAUUUUCUGGUUGUUCAUCAUCAACAGCUGCUGUCGCUUUAGUUGAUAAUUCGAUGUCAGUAAAUACACAAAACUUAUGUGUAUACAACUGCAAAUCAAAUGAAAUUAGCUUCGGUAGGUUCAGUGGUGAAGCAGAGUUUACUUUAUGCACAACAGCAUUAUUAUCCGGAAUAGAUGCAGGAAAAGAUAAUAAUGUACUAGAAUUCAACUGUGUAGGCAUUGUUCUCAAUAAUAACAACUUUACUUCCAAUAUAGGAAAGAAUAUUGUUAAUAUGCAGGCAAAAACUACUUCAUCAGUCAUUUACUUGAAUUUUGCCAGUAACUCUAUCAAGAAUGACUUAACCGGUGCCGGAUUUGAGAUUGGCUCCAAAGGAAAUGCAAAAUUUUCGAAUUUUAUCAGAAAUAUAUUGAGUUACAGCCUUGGCACAAGUGGAUCAAAUACCACCAUUGAAUCAAGCUAUUUCAUUUCGAACUACAAAGAUAUUAAAUCAAAAUCGAACUUAUAUUUAGUUCAUUGCUUCACAGACCAAAGAAUUUCGAUCAGCGGACUUGUUUACGCCGCAAACAUAUCAUAUGAACCUUAUCCAAGGAAUAAUAUAUACUAUAGUAACGGAAUUUGCAGAACUACGCAAUAUCCGAAAUUUAUAAUCCCAACUCCAGCUCCAACAUUACCUGAAAAGUGUGAAGAUCCACCAAAUGAAGAAAAACUUCACGCCAGACGCUACAAAUAUGUUUUUUGUUUAGCUGAAUUUUCAUCUCUUUAA